CCAGGUUGCGGUCUCUUUCAUCUCUAUUGUCGCAGGUUUCCUCGUUCUUCCUGUCGCUGGAUCUUUUUUUGUCUCCUCUCCAGAACCGAAUACCCCGGCUCUGGAUCCGGUUUGAACCAGCUCUGUCACAGACGCUCACGCGGAGUUUAAGUUUUUAAAAAUUCGUUAAUUUUUAAUAAAUUAAUUUAUUAUUUUCUGCCGUAUUUAUCCGUAUACCUGGAGCUCACAGACACCUGUCGCUGCUCACCUGUCGUCGCCAUGCCAGCGGGACGGUGACAGAGCGCGAGACUCUCCGUGAAGAAGCUCGUGAGGGAGAAACGCCUUGAUAAAGAGAGUAAAGGAGAAACUGAAGACACAAAUAUGGAUUAUCUAGACUCAGGACAGAGGUUCAGUCCACAGGAUAAGGACUGGGACACCACCCUCCAGUUCCUCCCGGCGUCAGACUCCAGGCAGCUGGAGAAGAAACCGGGUCGUAGGAAGAAGGUGUGGAUCGGGGUCGGGCUGCUGCUGUCGGCCGCUGCUGUGGCUCUGCUGACCGGUCUGCUGGUGUGGCACUUCCACCUGCGGAGUGACGUCCGAGUGAAGAAGGUUUACAUCGGGUCGAUGGGGAUCAGUAAUGAGCGCUACCUGGCAUCGUACGAAGACCCCAACAGUCCGGACUUCUCACGCCUGGCCACCCUGGUCAAACAGCAGCUGAAACUCCUUUACUCCAAAAACUCGGUGCUCGCCAAAUGCUUUAAAGGCUCCACCGUGCAGGCCUUCAGUGAGGGAGACGGCGGCGGUGACGGCGGCGGUGAUAGCAUGGUGGCGUAUUACCAGUCCGAGUUUAACGUCCACAUCUCCCAGCAGGCCUCGCUGGAUGAGGCCAUCCAGUCUCUGGAGCCAUCAACAGGAAGUCCGUCGUCCCGACAUGGUCGCCUGAUGCUGAAACCCAAGGACGCCCUGGAUGUGAACAGCGUUGUCUCUCGAGCUUUGGAUCCUCGCAUGGCAAGGGCGACCAUCUUUGCUAAAAAGACGUUCAACCUCCAUGUCAAGGACAAAGGGGUCAUCAAUUCUCCGGGGUUUCCGGACUCUUCCUACCCUCCAAACGUCUACCUGCAGUGGAGGCUGAGAGCCGACCCGGGUCACCGAGUGCGACUGGACUUCCACACGCUGAUCCUGGAGGACGACUGUCAGCAGGACUUCAUCCAGAUCUACGACUCCCUGGCUCCGAUACAGAGCCGCGUCCUGACCGAACAGUGUGGAUACCCUCACGAGUCCCUGUCCUUUCUUUCAUCGGGGAGCGUCAUGUUGCUGACUCUGGUCACCAGUGAGGAGAAGAACUUCCCCGGCUUCAGAGCGAACUUCUCCCAGAUCCCUCUGAGCGAACAAAAUUGUGGAGGAAUGCUGACUGCAGACAGAGGCUCCUUCUCCUCGCCCUUCUACCCCUCCAACUAUCCUCCAAAAACCACCUGUACCUGGACAAUUCAGGCUCCAAAAGAAAAGUUCUUGAAGGUUCAGUUCAACAAGUUCUUCCUCGGAAACAACAGCGUCCAGUGUCGUAAGGAUUAUGUCGUGGUCAACAAUCAAAGACUCUGCGGCAGUAAGCCUCAAAGCACCGUGAUCACGAGCAGAAGCAACACGAUGACCGUCAAAUUUCACUCUGACUCGUCCUACGUUGAUCAGGGUUUCACCGCUGAGUACGAAGCCUUUGUCCCAACGAAUCCAUGUCCCGGAAGGUUCCAGUGCUCCAACAACCUGUGCCUGAACAGCACUCUAAAGUGUGACGGCUGGGACGACUGUGGGGACAACAGCGAUGAGGACAACUGUGUUUGUUCUGUGGCUCAGUUGAAGUGUAAAAACGGGCGCUGUAAACCAAAGUUCUGGGAAUGUGACAGCUUUGACGACUGCGGGGACAACAGUGACGAGGACAACUGUGUUAAAUGCAAACCAGGUGAGUUUACCUGCAGAAACACUCGCUGCAUCCCGGAGAAGCUGAAGUGUAACGGCAAAGACGACUGCUCGGACGGAUCAGACGAGUCCUUGUGUGAAAAAUCUCUGGUGCUUCAGCGGUGCUCAGACUUCACGUUUCGCUGCAGAAACGGACACUGCAUCAGCAAACUGAACCCCGAGUGUGACGGAGAACAGGACUGUGAGGACGGCUCGGACGAGGAUGACUGCCAAUGUGGGACGAGACCGUACCGGAGCUCCCGUAUUGUGGGCGGACAGGCGUCCCGGGAGGGGGAAUGGCCCUGGCAGGUCAGCCUCCACAUUCACGGCAUGGGUCAUGUGUGUGGAGCGUCGGUGUUGAGCAACCGCUGGCUGGUGACGGCAGCUCACUGCGUGCAGGACAGCGGACCCAACAAGUACUCCCAGGCCGACCAGUGGCAGGCCUUGCUGGGUCUCCACGUGCAGAGUCAGACCAGCGAGUGGACAGUGAGGAGGAACAUUCAGCGGAUCAUCGCCCAUCGAGACUACAACCCCUUCACCUAUGACAACGACAUCGCCCUGAUGGAGCUGGACUCCAACGUCACCCUGAACCAGAACAUCUGGCCCAUCUGUCUGCCGUCACCGACCUAUGACUUCCCUGUAGGCCGAGAGGCGUGGAUCACUGGCUGGGGCGCCACCAGAGAGGGAGGUCUCGCAGCGACUAUCCUGCAGAAGGCGGAGGUUCGGAUCAUCAACAGCACGGUGUGUAACAGCCUGAUGAACGACGAGAUCACCGACAGGAUGCUGUGUGCCGGAGUGCUUAAAGGGGGCACAGACGCCUGUCAGGGUGACUCCGGUGGGCCGCUGUCCGUCACAGGCCCGAGUGGGCGGGCCUUCCUGGCUGGCGUGGUGAGCUGGGGCGACGGCUGCGGCCAAAGAAACAAACCAGGCGUCUACACAAGGGUGACCAAAUACCGGACCUGGAUCAGAGAGAAGAGCGGGGUGUAGGAGCAGAGCAGCGGACACACAGGUUCUCUGGACGACACUCAUGAAGAUCAAUGUUUAAUUUUUAUUUUGAAGGCCAGACAAUUUUUAUUAAAUAUUCACAGCAGAAUCUGUGAUUUACCUUUAGGUUUACAGAAGACGUUUCUGCUGUUUUCUUCAGACUUUUGCAGUCAGAACAACUCACUAAGCGGCUCCUAAAAUGACUGUAUAUGAGCUUUGUUCUUCAUGCACAAGUUGCUGCCAUGUUAUUGGCUGAUAAGACAUUUUUGUUAAUGAGCAGCUAAACAGAUGUACCUAAUGAAAUUAUCAGGGAGUCUAUAAACAAAGCUUUUAUAAGGCUUGGUACUAGCUUGUGACAACUGUGUUAAAACGAAGCGGGAUCAGUGGUUUAAAAAAUAAGAAAUGUAGGAGCUUUAGCUGUGACAUGGUUUCCCCAAAAGAUAUAUAAAUUGAUAGAAUGAUGAAUUAAUAGCUUGAUAGAUACUUUAUUAAUCCUAAGGGGAAUUGAAGAAGCAGCACAACCAGACCUUUCCAUGAAUGUAAACUGCAGUGCUUCCAGAGUGGGAUCAUGUUGGGAACAAGGAAUAAUCCCAUGUUUUUCAGUAUGACUUAUUUGUUGUUCCUAAUUGUGUUGUAUGACAAUUUAUGUGUGUAAUGUAAGUAUUUACCUCAACUACUCGGGUCCUAAAUCAAGGUAAGAAUGCCAAGGUUAUGCAGUUUUUAUUUCUUUUGUUCUAUUGCUAAGAAAACUUUUGGAAAAGUUACUCAAAUUAGCCCAAAAUUGGACUGACAGCAGUAAAAUGCAGCACCCAUUAAUGAAGGUACUGUCAGUCCCAAAGCAUUAGAUAAGACAACACCAUCAAGGACAAUUUCCAUCCAUCCAUCCAUCCAUCCAUUCAUUUUCUAUACCGCUUAUUCCAGCCCAGGUCGCGGGAGGGGCUGGAGUCAAGGACAAUUUAUCUGCACUAUAUGUAGAUCCUCAUUGCAACUAUAUCUUAUGAUCCUCACUGCCUUUGUGCACCAAGGGAGAUGCAAAUAAACGGCCCAAAAAUGCUACAAAGUCUGAGGCAAAUCUUAAAAGCUCCUUUUUUAUAGGCUGUUUGCGGUCAUGUGAUCUGCAUGACACGUGAAGGUCAGAUGGGGGGCAGGAAGUGAAGUACAGCAGGUGAAGCUCCAGGUGGACCUCCAUGCUGCAGUUAGCAUCAGAACAUUUCUACAUCCAUUGGCUGUGAUGAUACAAAAAAUUGAUUUUUACCACAGGUUAACUGAUAAACCUGGCGAUUAAUAUCACUAACGACUUUGACAUGCAGACCUCUGAUUACACAUCUAGACAGAUAUAGACUCUAGAGGAGUCUUCUACUGAGCUACCAGGCUCACUGAGCCUCUUUAACAGCUUUUCUCCCUUGUUUUCUCAUAAUUAUGCUUUUGAAGGAAUCACUGAUAAACUAUGAAGAAAAUAAACCUAGUGGGGUACCGGCUAUAUUGAAAUUACAACGGAGACCCAGACUAGCCGCAUGCAAAAGGCAAGGCUGGAAUGUUUUAUAGUCAUCAAAAGAUGACAUCAACUUUAGAAGCAAGUGCAGAAUGUUCUAUAUAUUAAAGGAUGACAUCUUCAAAGGCAAGGAGGGAAUGUUUUAAAGACAUGAAAGGAUUAAAUCUUCAAAGGCAAGGAGAGAAUGUUUUAAAAAACUAAAGGAUGAAAUCUUCAAGGGCAAUGAGGGAAUAUUUCAUAGACAUUAAAGGAUGACAUCAUCUUAGAAGGCAAGGAGGGAAUGUUUUAUAGACAUUAAAGGAUGAAAUCUUCAAAGGCAAGACAGGAAUGUUUUAUAGACAUUAAAGGAUGACAUCAUCUUCAAAGGCAGUGUUAAUGAGGCUGUGAAUGAUGGGGUUUUCCCCUCCAUUUUGAACAAUACUUGGCCAUAGAUUUGGAAAAGUUAGGUGGAUCUGGUGAGAAGCAAACCCCUGUUUCUCACCAGUUUCACCCACUUCUCUGAAAGUUGAAUGUAAAUGAGUAAUGAUUUCCUCUAUUAUUGGCAUAAUUUAAUACACAUUUGAAAAUCCAAACUGGUACCAAUUGAAGAGCUGUUUGGGAGCCAGGAGAGCGGCUCUUAUUAUUGAGCUAAGCUAAACGGUACAUAUAUUUGUGCUGACUGACCACAACCUUCCAAACUUUAGACAGAGGCUUUGAAUCCACGUCUACUGCCAUUUCUUUUUGAGAUUUUUGAAUGUUUUGCCAAGAUGUGUCUAUAGAUAUGGGACUCAGAGGUAGUUAAAGACAGAUCCCCACCCCCGCCUCAAUUUGAGCACAGCUGUAACAGUUCAAACUUUAUCAUUUUGAUAGCGCUUCUCUACCCAAAACUCACAUUAAACGGGCUUCACACCAAAGUUCUUUAAACUCUUUUCCCAGUGUCAUCAAUAUAUAAUAGAUCAGCAGAGCCUUGUCUGUUUGAAGUAAAUAUUUAGGUUUCUGAGAGCUUUUUUUCACAAUUCUGAGGUUGCCAUGUUUUUAACAGGACAAGAGCACUUCUGUUCACGAGCACAAAGAUCAAAAACUUGCAGGGAAAACUUUAAGACAAGGAACACAAAAAGUGGCACAGUUGCUAGGCAACAAACAAGGAACUAACCACUUGUCAGCACAUAAAUGAAUGAGUAACUAACUGCUAAUUAACCAGGGAACGAAUGAUUAACAUAAUGAGUUAGUACCCAGUAUGAUGACCAGCUGGUCAGCUACUUUAUAUGAUUGGAUGAGAAGUUGAUCAUGGUCUACUCAUUGAUUAACAGUUAAGGCCGGCUCAGACUGCACAAAUUCAGCCGGAUAUAAGCCUGUACAUCAGUGAUACUCAAUGUGUGGCUCUUUUAUUUCUAAAUUUGAAAUAUUAUUCCCCAGAAAACCUUUUAUAAAGUGAAACUUUUUUGCUGCUUUUUAACAAUUUUUGCCACUUUUCACCCA